UUUGACUUCUUCCUCCAGAAAAACAGUAUGGAGCGCUUGGUCCUCGCCCCACUCUCCUCCCUGCAAGGCAUGUUCACAGCGCCACAGAAGCUCAUCCAGAAGCGUUAUGACAAAUUGCUGGAUUACUGCAGCCGCCUGGAGCGCUCCUCUUCUUCUUCAUCCUCAUCAUCCACCACUUCUUCCUCUCCUUCGCUGGUGUCAGAAGACCCGCCUAGUCACGCCAGGCGGGACUAUGAAGCUCUCAACGCCUUGCUAGUGGAGGAGUUGCAGAGGUACAACAUGGCUGCCUAUACUAUCCUGACCAACUGUGUGCUUUAUCUAGUGGCCCUGCUCAGAGGGAUGAUGGAUAAAAUACUACGUUGUUCUCCGUCCAUACAGCAGAUACCAGCUCCAUUGUCAAACAUUGCUGAAGUGCAGAACAGCAUCAUGGAUGAGCUGAACAAUUUGACUUUUGUCAAGGAUAACGCACAGAAGUUAAUGGAGCGAAAGGUCAGCUUCGAGAGACAACGUGACAAGAAAAUAGCGAUUCCUGAGGUGCAGCAUCAAACUGACGAAGAGCGCACCAGGCUGCUAGCAGAACACCCACCUAGCCGUCUGUAUCAGCUGAAGAGGAAGUGUAAUGGCUGCCAGGACCAGGACCUCAGCCUGCUGGAGGGAGAGCUGGUGGCCCUGCUGGAGGACACUGACCCAUUAGGCAGCAGCAGCCGCUGGCUGGUUCACACCGGAGGUAAACAGGGCUACGUCUACUCCACAUUCCUGAAGCAGUACAACCCUCUGAGGGACUCCCAGCGGGCAGGCCAGAUAGUCAAAGAGCAGCAACAACAGCAGCAGCCGCCUGCCAUGGUGGAAGACUUUGACGACCUCAGCCUGUUUGUGUCAGGCAGUGGCAGCAGCAGCCUGCGCAGCUUCAAUCUCAACACAACUGACAGCAGCUCCACCCUCGCUGGACUACAGAGAGAGCCAGAGAUCCCUGAAGACCUGGAGGAAACACUGGACAAGGAGGCUCAGCAGUUCUAUGCUGUGUAUGCAUUUCAAGCGCGCUGUGACCAGGAGCUGACCUUGCAGGAGUACCAGCAUGUGCGCAUCCUCCAGUUCUGUGACCUGGGAGGCAAUACAGACUGGUGGUUAGCUGAAGCUAAUGGACAGAGGGGAUAUGUCCCUGCCAACUACCUUGGCAGGAUGUCCUAUGCAUAAAUAGAGGCCCUAUAUUUAUGCAUAGGAUUUCUGGAAAACCAAACCGUGACAUUUUAACUGAAGUAGUCCUGACUGUAAAACAUGUCAUGGCUUUGUGAAAGUCACAAUUGCACUAGGUAUCAUUUGUUGUUAUCACAUGUCUCGUACCACAAGUGUUGACGUUGAACGAUGUUACUUUGCCUUCAGAAGAUCUUAACAAGAGAGCUCACCAAUGGGACUUGGCCAGGAAUCUGUGAUGCAUAUAAAUAAUGGUAGGAGAAGCAGGGCACUGUGCUGAGCACUUUUUGUACUUCAGUGUUGUUGACUUUAUAUUGAUAAUGAAGUGAUUUAUUCAGGAAGUAAAUUUUAUAUAAAUUAUAUGUGAACUAAUUCACAGAUGAAGUAAAUGUUAUAUGUGAAAUGAUUAAUGAAGAAUAUGUUUUAUGUGAAUGUGAAAUGAAGACAUGACUAUGACCUUUAUAUUUUAAUAAUGACGUCACGAUUAAACAUGAGCCAUUCUCAA